CACGCUGUUUCCUCUGGGUUUCUGUAGGCUGUGACCACAAGCCUGAAUUCCUUUCUGCUGCAGUGAAAGCCGGCCAGUACAGUUGUCAAAGCAGCUAAACAGGCCACAGGACUUCACCUGGCAGGGAAUUCUGAUGCUCCCAAAAGACUGGCUCUACCCGCUCAGCUCGCAGCUGCCCCUACAAUGUGAAUCCUGCUUCUCCAGCUCGGGACUGGAGUUUUAAAAUAAAAUGGAUGAUUUGACGUUACUUGAUCUCCUGGAGUGCCCUGUGUGCUUUGAAAAGCUCGAUGUCACAGCCAAAGUCCUGCCCUGCCAGCACACCUUCUGUAAACCAUGUCUACAGAGGAUUUUCAAGGCCCACAAGGAGCUGAGGUGCCCGGAAUGCAGGACCCUGGUGUUCUGCAGCAUCGAGGCUCUGCCAGCCAACCUGUUGCUGGUCCGUCUGCUGGAUGGUGUGCGCUCGGGACAGAACUCCUGGAAAGGGGGUUCUUUUCGCAGGCCUCGAAUACUGACCUUGCAAGACAACAGGAAAACCAAGACCAGCCCCAGAAGUCUACAGGCCAGCCCUUUCCGGCUGGUGCCCAGUGUCAGGAUCCACAUGGAUGGGGUGCCUCGAGCCAAGGCCUUGUGCAACUACAGAGGGAAGAAUCCCGGUGACCUGAAGUUUAAUAAAGGAGAUGUCAUCCUCCUCCGGAGACAGCUUGAUGAGAACUGGUACCAGGGGGAGAUCAAUGGGGUCAGUGGGAUCUUCCCAGCCAGCUCCGUGGAAGUCAUCAAGCAGCUGCCCCAGCCGCCACCACUCUGCAGGGCCCUCUACAACUUUGACCUUCGAGACAAGGAUAAGAGUGAGAACCAGGACUGCCUGACCUUCCUCAAGGAUGACAUCAUCACGGUGAUCAGCCGAGUGGAUGAGAACUGGGCAGAAGGGAAGCUGGGAGAUAAAGUGGGCAUCUUCCCCAUCUUGUUCGUAGAGCCAAACCUCGCAGCAAGACACCUCUUAGAGAAGAACAAAGGACAUCAGUUAUCACGCACGAAAAACCUGUCCCUGAUGUCCUCUCCAUCCAGAGGCAAAGCAACCAACACACUCACCCUCCGAAAGAGCCCUGGGUCCAGGAGGAAGGUGUCUGGGCAGUUCUCCAUCACAACAGCUUUGAACACACUCAACCGCAUGGUCCAUUCUCCUGAAGGUCACCAGAUGGUGGAAAUCAGCACCCCAGUGCUCAUCAGCUCUAGCAGCCCCUCUGUGCUCACUCAGCAUGGGGACAAGGCAGACUUCCCUGCUCACUCUUCAGGACAGGUCAGCACAUCUCACCCUGCACCUGCCUCCCUGGGACAUUCCACAGCCAUGGUCAGUGUGCCCAGCUCCCAGCAACACCUCUCAGCUAACAUGUGUGUAGCCCUGCACUCGUACUCAGCCCACGGACCUGACGAGCUGGACCUGCAGAAAGGAGAAGGCAUCAGGGUGCUGGGGAAGUACCAAGAUGGCUGGCUGAGGGGUCUCUCCUUAGUCACGGGGCGAGCUGGCAUCUUUCCAAGUGACUAUGUCAUCCCUGUUUUCAGUUCAACAGCUAGAAAGACGUCUAGUUUUCCAGAUUCUCGGAACCCUACUGUCUACACCGCAUGGGCGUUACCCACCUCCUCUGUGUCCUCCCAGGGUAGCUUUUCAGAAGGUGAUCCCCGGCAAAGCAGACCCUUCAAAUCUGUCUUUGUGCCUACUGCCGUGGUUAACCCUGCGGGAAGCCCACCUGGCCCAGGGACUUCGGGACAAGGGUCUCUUCGGAAAGGGCGGAACAGCAUGAGAAAGAAUGGAUCCUUGCAGAGAGCAGUCCACUCAGGAAUCCCCACUUUCACGGUGGGAUCCCUCAGGCGCAGUCCCACCGUGGUGAUCCGGCCUCAGAAGCUCCAGUUCUGUCGGCCACAGGGAAUGACCUCUUCCCCAACACCCAUGAUGGUGGACGUGGGGUCUAAACCCAUCUCCACUGGGGAGCCUGCCCCGACCUGCAUCGGCAGAGGUGGCAAGACCAGGAGUCACUCGGCAGGCAGUUCCCUCAUCCUGGAAGGCAAAGAAGUGCCCGUCAAGAGUGAGCCGCCACCCAAGCCGCCUGCGUCGGCCCCACCCUCGAUCUUAGUGAAACCAGAAAAUUCAAAAAAUGGCAUCGAAAAGCAAGUCAAAACCGUGAGGUUUCAGAAUUACAGCCCUCCUCCCACCAAACAUCAUACCUCCCAUCCCACCUCUGGAAAGCACGAACAGCCAACCACCUUGAAGGGGUCCCAGCCUGAAGCAGUCCCCUCAGGAGCAGAGAUGACUAUCCUAUUCGCCCAUCGAAGUGGCUGCCACUCUGGACAACAGAUGGACCUUCGGAAAAAGUCAGCUACGGGCAAGACCAUGCCCCCAGUGUCCGCUUCUUCAUCCACACAGACCGUAUUUGCGAGCAAAUGAUUCUUUUUGCAUGGCUUUUCUUAGACACAAAAGAGGUGAAUUACAUGUAAAUACAGCCUGCCUCCACUGCAACGCAUCCUUCUGUUCUUCGAAGGAUGAGUCUCCCUCAUCUCCCAUUUUAACCUGAAGGAAUGGGAAGUGGAAACUCCUGCCUGGGUUGGUUGGCUUUUUCUUCCCACCCCACCCCCGCCCUCAGGGCAGGGUUUCUCUGUGUAGCAGUCCUGGCUGUCCUGGAUCUCGCUCUGUAGACCAGGCUGGCCUUGAACUCACAGAGAUCGGCCUGCCUCGGCCUCUCGAGUGCUGGGAUUAAAGGCGUGCGCCACCACCACCCAGCAUUUUUCUGAACUUAGUGAUUUGAUAACAGCCAAAGAGUAGGGAAAUGUUGAUGUCUGUGCCUUCCGAGUGCAGGGUUUGGCCUCUCAUCCUGUGUGCUCAGUGUAAAAUGUCUUUGUAUCCUAGGACAGCCAGAGGAUGGCAGUGCUGAAAUUGUUCUCAGGGCCUCUUAAACCUCAUCACCAUCCCGCUCUCUUAUCAUCAUACUGGAAAAGCCUCUGCCAUCUUCUGAGGCUGAAUCUUUUUCAUUCCCGAGUCACCACUGCAGCUGCAAAGGGGGAACUGGGGGGCGGGAGGGCGGGGCUAUGGUACGAGAUGGACGUAUUGAACAUUAUAAGAACCCACUAAAACUGAAGGGAGUGACUUUCUGAGUUUGCUACAAACAAGGCCAGAGAGAAUGCUGACUACCAAAUGCCAAAAGAUUAUCACGCGUUAAGCUUCUUGGCCUGUUUCUUCCCAUAUAUUUCUACACACUAGAUAAGCAGGGAGCAUGGAAAGGCAGAUAAGGGAUGUGUGUGGUAUUAUAGACUUUUCAUCCUUCCCCCUCAAAGCAAAAUGUGCUUCAAAGCAACCUUGAAUGGGCAGUGAGUUUAGAUCUAUGUUCUGAUUCCGUUCCAACAUUUUUGUUCUCCCUGGCUCCUAAUCAUUUGGGGCAGAUGACUCAUUUCCCCUAUGGGACAAUGGGGGAGGGCAAGAAGGGGUGUUCUUGGAGGAGAGCUGCGACCAAAGGAAGUGGACAGAGAAGACUUGAGAAGGAAAGGGAGAUAGGAGGAAUAAAGGAAGUAUCAUGCAUGCAACAAAUACAGAAGAGCCGGGCAGGAAGGAGGAAAGAGUGAACUUCUCAAGGGAGGAUAUAAAACAGGUGUGGUGGAAGCCAUGUUUACAGCAUUUACAAAAAGGGGAAAGGGGGCAGAGUCUGCCAUGGAGAAAGGGUCAAAACAAAGUGACUCCACACUGGGUGGACUGGAGUGAGCAGGUCCAGCCCAGGAGCCUUGUGAACAGGGCGGGAGGAGCAGGGGAGGCAGCCCUAAGAGUCAGGACCCCGCUCUAAGACAGCCCAUUAGUUCUCAUUAAAUGUAAUUGUUGUGACUUAACAUUCAUCACAGGCCCAUCAGUGUGGACACUUUGAUGCAUAAAUGCCAUUUGCUACUAAGGCUGGGUGCCACUUAAGAAAAAAAAAAAAAAGGCAGGUCUAAUUAGCCGUUUACCCGCAGACAGUUCUUGCCGGUCUCUGGCUUGCGAAUAUACAUCUUUUACCCACCCACACACUUGGCAAACUGAGUUAUCUGUAGGCUUUUCCAGACAUUAAUAGAAUAAAACAAAACCAUAAUCCUGCCAAGGAAUACGACACGUGUGCCAGAGUUUUGGAGCUGGUGAAGCCCACAGUAGCAUGGUACUCUUGCAUUUCUGUGAGAUUGUGAUUCACGUCUACACCAUGAAAUCAGCAUGCUCAACUCUGUGCCUUCUUGACUCAGGACAGCCAUCCAGAUGGAGAAAUGGUCCAGUCACAAGGACAGAAACACACUAUGAAUUGUCCAAGUGUGAGCACCUGUGCCCCACCUUUACCCCAGAAAAGCUUUCUCAUUAAGUGUAGCAAGUCCCUCUGUACCCAGAGUAGCAAAUACCCACCUAAUGAGCCAGCUAAUUCUUUAGCCCAUUCUUCGGUGGCAACAGGUCCAGUUAAUUUUUUUUUAAUGUUUGUGGCUAUCAAGUAGAUUGUUUAAAGGGCAGCAGAGAAGAAUGUCUAUGAAAUAGAAAUGCAUAUGGAACAUGAAACAGAAGGUUUUCACUUCCCACUCUCUCUACAGGAUAACCUCCCUGAGACAUGAGCAUAGCUACAAGGCUGGCCACCUCCAUGGCACCCACCGAGCCUCCCAUCCAUUCUCACAGUCAAUUGUCUCCCAAAGCAUACCACAAGAGCUUUGUGAGUGCUUGAGUGGGGUGGGCUGAUAGUUCUAAGUAAAAGUUGAUUUCAUGAA